UACAGAGCGCAGCAGUUGCAAGUGGCUUUCAGCCGGAUCGGACAAUCUCCUCUCGAACGUCAUGCUGCGAUUCCGUGGCGUGGUUGCGCUGGUGGCGCUGCUUGCUGUCGCCUCUCGACCGGCCGUUGCGGAUGACCUCAGCCUGGACGAUCUCAUCAACCAGGUAUUCACGACAGCCUCCCCGGCUAAGGGUGGUCCACCGGCAACGGUGGCUCCACCGCCACCACCAACACCGGCCGUCGGUGUGAAGGGUGGACCAUGCGGUGAGGAAGCCGUCUGCAUUCAGAAGUAUCUUUGCUCAAACAGUAGCACUUCUGGUGAGGGUCUGAUCGACAUCCGGUUUUCCGAUGACAAUCCGUGCGUUGACUAUCUGCUUCAGUGCUGCUUCCAGGAGGACAUUAUUCAAGCUCCCGGUUCCUUGCAUCCUCCGGUCGACCAAAACACGAACACUGGUUCGAACACUGGCUCGAACACUGGCUCGAACACCGGCUCGAACACCGGUUCAAACACUGGUGAUGGAUCGAACCAGCACCUUCAGCACACACGUUGCGGUCAUCGUAAUGCCGACGGAAUCGGUUUCCGCAUCACCGGCUCAAAGAACAACGAGGCCGAGUACGGCGAGUUCCCGUGGAUGGUGGCGAUCCUCAAGUCGGAGGAGGUCCUUGGCCAGCUGCGCGAGAACGUGUACACGUGCGGUGGUUCCCUCAUCCACAAGCAGGUCGUCCUAACCGGGGCACAUUGCGUGCAAAACAAGCUUCCGUCGCAGUUGAAGGUACGCGCCGGCGAAUGGGACACGCAAACGAAGAACGAAAUCUACCCACAUCAGGACCGGGCUGUGGUGGAGAUUGUCGUACAUCCGGAGUACUACAAGGGUGGACUGCACAAUGACGUGGCGCUGCUGUUCCUUGACUCGCCUGUUGACGCUAACGAGGGCAUCCAGACGGUGUGCCUGCCACCGCAGGAUAUGGCGUUUAACCACGCGACGUGCUUUGCGAGCGGCUGGGGUAAGGACGUGUUCGGAAAGGCCGGCACGUACCAGGUGAUCCUCAAGAAGAUCGACCUCCCGGUUGUACCGAAUGACCAGUGCCAGACGGCACUCCGCACGACCCGCCUCGGGGCCAAGUUUAACCUGCACAAAAGCUUCAUCUGCGCCGGUGGCGUACCCGGCAAGGACACGUGCCGUGGAGAUGGCGGUUCACCGCUCGUGUGCCCAAUUCCGAACACACAAAACCAAUACUACCAGCCUGGGUUGGUGGCGUGGGGUAUCGGAUGCGGUGAGAACGGCAUCCCUGGAGUGUACGCCAACGUGGCCAAGUUCCGCGGCUGGAUCGAUCAGCAUAUGGUGCAGCGUAACUUCGGUACCGACAGCUACACGCCAUAGGGUAUGGUAUGGAUGAAAUUAACAACACUCGAUGGAAGACGCGCAUGGUCCCAAUGCCGUGGUAGCUUAUCAACGAGGGAUGGUCUCUCUCUCUCAAUCCUGCGCCAUGCACACAGUGAUUAUGCUAAAUUUUUAAAAUAUGUGUAAACAAUAAACCAACUGCUUCUCCUCGACGACG